ACUAACAAUAAUGGUAAGACUGUUCUUCACUGUGCUGCUAGCACUGGACACAUUGAUAUUGUAAAGUAUCUCAUUGAUGAGUGUCACUGUGAUCCAAUGGCUAUUACCAAUAGAGGUGAGACUGCUCUUUACCUUGCUGCUGGAGACAUUAAUAUGAUAAAGUAUCUUAUUGAUGAGCAUCACCGUGAUCCAAUGGCUACUGAUGCAUAUGGAGACACUGUUCUUCACAAAGCAGCUAAACAUGGAUCACUUGAUGUCAUGAAGUACUUAAUCAGUCAUCAUCAUCACUGUGAUCCAAUGGCUACUAACAACAAAGAAUGUGAUCCAAUGGCUACUAACAACAAGGGCGAAACUGUUCUUCACCGUGCUGCUAGUCACAUUGAUAUUGUAAAGUAUCUCAUUGACGAUUGUCACUGUGAUCCAAUGGCUACUGACUCUAACAACAUGACAACUCUUCAUAAAGCAGCUACAAGCAGUUCAUCUGAUGUAGUCAAGUAUCUUAUCAAUGAGAAACACUGUGAUCCAAUGACUGUUGACAAUCAGGGGCAGACACCUCUUCACAUUGCUGCUUGUUACAGUAAUUCUGCAGUUGUUGAAUAUUUACUAUCAACUGGUAAAUGUGAUCUAUUGGCUAAAGACUACAAGGGGACAACACCAUUUAAAAUAGCUAAGGAGCAUGUUACUGAUAAUCAUGGUGUUGUAUAG